GGAACUCAAAACAACUGUCAACCAACACCAAGGUCAGAAUUUUCAAUACAAAUGUCGAGACAGUUCUACUGUAUGGGGCGGAAACCUGGAGUAAUACGAAAGCCAUCAUCCAGAAAAUACAGGUGUUAAUUAACAGUUGUGUACGCAAAAUACUUCGGAUCCGUUGGCAAGACACUAUUAGCAACAACCUACUGUGGGAGAGAACAAGUCAAGUUUCAUUGCAGGAAGAAGCACUGGAAGUGGAUAGGAUACACAUUGAGGAAAGCACCCAACUGAGUCACAAGACAAGCCCUCAUUCGCAAUCCACAUGGCCAUUGGGGGAGAGGAAGACCAAAGAACACAUUACGUCGAGAAAUGGGGACAGAUAUGAGAAGAAUGAACAACAGUUGGAUAGAAGUAGAAAGGAAGGCCCAGGACAGAGUGGGUUGGAGAAUGCUGGGAGUAACAGGUGUAAGUAAGUGGACUGCUUCCGUCAAAAAUGAUGAUAGUAAUGAUGUGGAAACGUCUGAAUUUAGUGAAGUUACAAAUAUUUUAGAAUACGAAGGAAAAGAAGAUGAAGUAGAUGAACAAGAUAAAGUUACAGAAAAAAUAGAUUUUAAUUCAAUAGAAUUAUACAAUUCUUCGGCUGACGAAGAAACUCAAUUAGAACCAAUAAACCAAAAUCAGGUUGACAUUCCAACAAACGACUCGAACGAUAAUGAAGAAAUAAUUACUGCUCUACACAUCAAAUCAAGUAACUUUGAAAAUGAAAAUGAAAUCGUUAUUACAGAAAGUAGUGAAUCACAACCAUUACUGAAUACGAUAACUGAAGAAACCUUAUCUUUGGUUACAACGGAUAAUAAUCUAGAUGUUUUAAGUCCAAAUACUGAUGAUCACAUACCUUCCAACCACUCUAUUGAAACAGAUGAAAGUUUUUAUACUGAGUAUAUGCUAGAAUCAAACGAUAUUGUCGAAAUACCUAGUCAGUCGCAAGAGCACGUUGGUGUAACGGAAGAAAUCUUAGGAAACAAAAACGAAACUAUUCUGGACACACCUGAGGAACUUGAAGGCACUGAUCAAAAGUUAAAUCAAACAACCAUAGUGCCAGAGGUAUUCACCAAUGAAAUGGAAGUUUCAGCAAAUACAGACAAAUCAUCCUCAGCGUUAUCCAAACAAGAUAUCAAAGUUACUGAAAUUUUGACUGAUAACAUCUCUUUAAGCUCAUCAUUACAAAAUGAUACCAAUACCAGUGCUCAUGAAAAGUUAUCUGUAGUAAAAUUUGUAAGUAUCUCCACCAACCAUCAACCGAUUGAACGAGCCCACGAAAGAAAUGUCUUGAUAGAAAAAUGUUAUCAAUAUCCAAGAAUAAAAAAUUGUGCUAAACUAACAGAUAUGGAAAUAAAACAUCAAGGUGGUUGGUAUUACAAUCCAACUGAAAUGCAAUGUCAAUAUACAUCUGAUUGUAUUAUAAAUGAUAAUUAUUUCGAAACUAAAAAUGAAUGCUCUGAAACAUGUGAAUACUGGAGAGGUACUGCUCGAUGUCUAGCUCCACCUCAAGCUGGUCAUUUUCACUGUUCCGCUGUGAAUACAGAAAAGACUAUACGACCAAUUCUAAUGGUUUAUUUCGAUAAAGUCUCUGGAAAAUGUCGCUGGUUUACCUAUUAUGGAUGCGGAGGCAGUGCAAACCGUUUUACAUCUAUAGCAGAAUGUGAAGAUACUUGUGGAAAUAAGAUUGCAGAUAAAAUUGUACUUGUGGCCAAUCAGCUUUGUCAAGUGGCUCCAACAACCCAGUUAUUUCCACAAUGGUCAAGAAUAGAAAUGGAUACAUGGAGUGAAAUCGGCCAAGAUGGUCAUUUUUUUUCUAAAGAAAUAUCUGAACCUAUUCUAUUUGACAAUCUUACCUAUAUUGACGCUAUGCGCAUUGAACCGGAAUGCUCAAAUGUCGGUCAGCAUGAAUCACGUUGGUAUCUUGAUGUUGAAACAAAUCAGUGUCAGGAAUUUGCAUAUUCUCAUUGUGGUGGGUCUUCAAAUAACUUUUUAACACGCGCUGAUUGUGAACAAUUUUGUGGGGCUGCAAAACCUGAUAUAUCAACUAUCUGUAAAUUGAAACCUUCAUUUGGCGAAUGUACCGGAUACAAAACUAUGUGGUAUUAUGAUCCCAAUUGGGUAAUGAAUAUGGAUGGACAAGAUCAUUACUUAAUUGGUGGCUGUAGACAGUUCAAUUAUUCUGGUUGUGGUGGAAAUAGUAAUCGAUUUCCAACUCAAGCUGCAUGUGAAUUGACAUGUCAAUUUAAUACAAAGGUUGAACUACAAAUUAAUAUUGAUCCUGUGGAACAACUGGAUAAUGUAACGACACAAUAUGAACCUAAUCGAAAUAAAGAUAAUAAUCAGCCAACGAUAGUAAUCACUGAAUCAAACAAAACUAUACAUAAUAAUUUAGUCAAAAAUAUGAUAAAGCUAACUUUAAUGAAUAUCGAUCUUGAACCCUGUCGGCGACAUCCUGUUUUUGGCUUUUGCCGACCAUUAAAUUGCUCUGAAGAACAUCGACGAAAUCAGACAUGCCACUUUUUAAACUUCCAAAGAUGGUUUUUUAAUGCUCAUACUAGUAAUUGUGAAGCAUACAGUUACAGUGGAUGUGGUGCUUCAGAAAAUACAUUUGACGAUGCUCAAGCUUGUCAGGCGGCAUGUAAAGCUAGAAUUGUCAGGCCUGAUAGGGAUCAACGUUGCGAUUCAAACCCACAUAUCAAAAAAUGUUACACACUAUCAGUAAGUGGUAAUCAACAGGAUGUAUCAAGUGAAAAAGAUGUCAUUGCAUUUCAUUUUAGUAUGUCCAGUGCUACAUGUAAAGCAUUUCAUUUAAAUACAAAACGACCUGGUUGUAGUAUGGAACAAUACUUUCCAAAUGGUUACGAUUGUUUACGAGAAUGUGUCAAAUCUUCACCAAAUGAAAAACAUUUACAAAAUCGCUGUUUUGCUCGGAAAACUCAUGUCAUGUGGAACUGCACAGAUCAAAGUAUUAAAACUUAUCGUUGGUCAUAUCUACCUGAAAUUAACCAAUGUGUACGUUUUUCUGAAUGUACAAAUCCUGAUCAAAUAAUUGAACAACCUGGAAAUAAUUUCGCUUCAAGAAGUGAAUGUGAAACUACUUGUAUGGCAUCUAGUUUUGAAGAAGUUUGUCAACUUCCAAAAGAUCCUGGUCCAUGUACAAGUUUUCAAACUCGUUAUUUUUAUGACAGCAAUACAUCAAAAUGUCGAGUAUUUUUAUACGGAGGUUGUUUAGGCAACUUUAAUCGAUUUCUUUCGCGAAAAGAAUGUGAACUAGCAUGUUCUCAAUUUUCAACACAUAUUUUAAGUACAUCAAAUCAUACGAAAUCACAACAAAGUUUAGUGGAAGAAACAUUAGUUGAUUAUGAUGAAUCUCCACCGUUAAGUGCACAGGUAUUUGAGAAGAUGAAACAAAUUACACAACAUCAUACAGAUCGUUAUCCUUGGGAUAUUUGUUUGGAUAGUCAUAGUUAUGGUACAUGUUCACUAUCCGGUGGUCAAUAUCAAACAACAAGUGAAUACCCUUAUGUACCAUUAACUCGUUAUUAUUAUGAUCGUCGUUUGGGUCACUGUCAACCUUAUACAUAUACCGGUUGUGGUGCCCGUGGAAAUCAUUUUGACACAUUAGAAAAAUGUCAAACAGUGUGCGAGAAUCGUUUGAAAAAUCCAAAGUUUGCUCGCUGCCAUUUUGAUAAACCAAUCACAAAAUGUCCUGGAAGUGGAAUUCAAGCAUGGGCCUAUAACCACACCAUCGGAGAUUGUUAUUUCUUUGAAAUUUGUGAACCAGACGAAAGAGAAGGAGAAUUUCAAAUAUCUCAUAAAAAAUUUUCAUUUCGUUUGAGAAGAACAAGUCAAUGGCUUGGAGUAUGGCAAGCAAGGACUGGAAAUCUACCUGAAGGUGUUUAUGCAACUCGUAGUGCAUGUCAGUAUCAUUGCUUACCAAAACCACCCCGAGGAACAGACACACAAAACGUCUGUCAUAUGAACCCGAUUGUAACAGUACCAUUUGGCUGCAAUGCUAUGGUUACUAGAUGGUAUUUCGAACCUAGAGAAACACAGUGCAGAAGCUAUAUAACUUGUCCACAAUAUGGAAAUAACUUUCCUAGUCAUAAAGCUUGCCAAGAUAUAUGUACACCUGGACAUCCUAUAGAUGUCUGUCGACUUCCAUAUGAUCAUGGUGGAUGUUCAAACUUUGAAAAACGAUGGUACUAUGACAUGCAUAAACGAAUGUGUAUGCCUUUUACAUACGGUGGAUGCUUUGGAAAUUCCAAUCGUUUUGUAACAAAAGCAGAAUGUGAAGGAUUUUGCAUGGGGAAAGAUGUUUGUAGACUACCUUUACAAAAGAAUUCUACCGACACAAGUUACCCUGAAAGAUUCUAUUAUGAUCAUUCUAGAAAACAGUGUCUUCCAUUUCGUUUCACUGGUCUACUGGCGCAUGGCAACAAUUUUCCAUCACUUAGUGCCUGUAAUGCAACAUGUAUUUAUGUACCAGACAUUGAAGUAAUUGCCGAAAAAAUUAUGCUAAGUUCUAAUUUAAAUACUGAUAAAAAAUCGGAAGAAUCAAGCAAAACAUUAGUUCAAGCAUCAUCUAUGGAAAAUCCUACAAAUACGCAGCAAAUGACAGAUGAAAGCACUUCAAUAAAUGUUCAUAGAAUACCAAAUGAUAAUAAAAAUAUCUUGUCGGAAAAAUUUCCAUGUUUACCGUUCAUAACUAGUAGUCAAUAUGAUAAUAUGGAUAGACAAACAUUUUGUAACAAUGAAGAUAUAAUUCAUGAAUUAGGUUAUCGAUUUCAAGUAACAUCAAGUGUUCAAGUAACGGAUGAAAUAAUUGAUGGUAUUUGUGUACCCAUUCUAGUACCUAUUUGUUUAAAUGAACCAAAAAGAUUGUACGGGCAGUUAAAUAUAUAUGAAAGUCAAAUGAUUGGACGUGUCUUUAAAACUGAAGCAGAAUGUGAAGCAACUUGUCUACUUAAAAGUAGAUUUAAAAGAAGUAUUAUUAUAAAGGAAAAGUCAUUUAACACGACUAAAAAUAUACAUCAAUUAUUAAGUACGAUUUUGGACAGAAAAUCUAAAUCAUUAGGUGACUUAAAUGAUUUAGUUUAUCCAACAUUAAACUACAAGAUGAUAACAAACAAGCGAUACAACAAGAUAUUCCAUGCUGUCACACACUUUUUCAGCCAGUCAAAUUUUAAGAAAACUUUGACAUUAGAGGUGUUAGAAAAUGAACAAAUUAAACUCCCAUGUUGGGUCGUAUCUCAAAAGAAACCAUAUGUUCAAUGGAUUCAUAUACUAUCAGGAAAAAGGUAUCCAGUGACAGUUCAUCAUCAUUCUAAAGAUAAAAAUAUUUGGAUAUCACAUUUAUUACUACAAAAUACUAAAAAUCAGUUGCAUACAGGAGGGUGGGUUUGUGAAGCAUCCGAUUUAGAAACUAUAGACUAUGCAAAAGCUACUAUGAUUUUAAAUGUAGUUUCUAUACAACCAAAUAAAAUACUUGCUAUGAGUUCUCAAAAUGCAGUAUCGUUACAUGAUACGAUCUUGGUACCGAAGGAUGGAUUGGUGUUUCUCAGUUGUCCCCAUAAUCAGUAUUUAGGCGAUACUAUAUGGAAGAAAAAUAAAGAAGAGAUUUUUCAGGCAACUUCUGAAUAUCUGUUAAUUGAACAGGCAAAUCCUGAAAUUCACACAGGAAUCUGGAUUUGUGGUAUUAAUUAUGAUAACACUUUUAUUGAACUAUAUAAAUUCAACAUAUCUGUAGGUUAUCCACCAGAACUUCAAAAAACUAACACCAAUUCAUUUGAGGAUAUUUCUCUACAUUCAUUUACCUGUCCAAUAAAUACACAAGGCGAACCGGCAGGAUAUAUUACGUGGUUUGAAUGUGAGCAUAUGAAUAAUUGCUAUCCUUUGAGAACUGAAUUAUAUUCUUCUAUGUUAAAUCAAUCAAAUCUUAUUAUGUGUCGUAUUGGAAAUAUCUGGGGGAUGGAUGAAAUUUAUUUUAAUCUAACUUCUUGAUAGAUAUAUAUCCAUAUAUAUUUAAUUAGUGUAUAUGUGUUAUCUUAUUCAGUCAAUCAAUUUAUUUACAUAUUUAAUCUUUUAAUUGUUUUUCUAAAUAUAUUAUGUUACAUUACAUUUAAAUAAACAAAUUAGAUUACCUCUUUUA